AGCCGGGGCUCGGCGGGCGCGCGGCGCCAUGGCCGGCGGCUCCGCGGGCGCGCUCGCGAGGGCGCUGGUGGCGCUGGAUGGUGGUGGUGCCGCAGAUAAGAUUCGUUUAAUACCUCAAGACUUUUUUGCAGAGCUGUGUGAACAAAUAAUUCAACAUCUGAACCAUAAGAUCCCAGGUAUAAAUACAGCUGAAUUGUGUCAGAGAAUUCAAACAUCGGGGGUUGACAUUAAUAUUGGUGACCUGGCAAAGGUAGCUAACACUCUUUCAUUUCUAUUUAGCACAGCAGCCAGAAACAACCUCUCUACAGAAGAACUUGUCACCACCUUGGGCAGUGGCAUCAGCACUCUGCCAAAACACGCAGUUCAGGUUAUUCGUCAUGUGUGGAACGAGCAGGGCAAAGACAUUGCUGUGGCAGAAGAUGCAAGAACUACGGCCACAGUGGGGCAGUUUGUAGAUAUGAAAUGGAAGCUGGGAGUUGCCAUGAGCUCUGACACCUGCAGGUCUCUGAAGUACCCAUAUGUCACAGUGACACUAACAGUGGCAGACCCUUCAGGACAAAUGACAGACAAAUCUUUUGAAAUGACGAUUCCACAGUUCAAGAACUUCUUCAGACAGUUCAAGGAAAUGGCAUCUGUUCUUGAAACAGUUUGAAGGGAACUUAUAUUUCCAGUGACAUUUUGGAGGAAGAGCAAGUAAACUUUCCAUUCUGCAUAGGGAAUAAAGUGGCAUUGUUCAGCAAGGUAUGUAUCCUUGUCUUCUUGACAGGAGUUGGUCAGCAUCACCCUUGCAUUGCAGUGAAGAUUUCUUCGCUUUUGAUUACUUGAAGUCAACUCUGCAGUGUUUGUGGAAACGUGUCCAGCUUUGCUCAUCCUGGUAGACAAAAGAUCAGGAUGUGUAUGGAGAAGCAUCUCUGUAGACUUCCUAAUACCCACAUAAGGAACUACACACUAAAUUCUGUAGUGUGUAAAGACACCUGAAAAUGUUGACUGGGAGGAUACUGAGGGAAGCAUAAAUCCCAUGGCAAUAUUUUUAUCUGUAAAAUUAGGAUGGGCUUGGACUCAACAGUAGUAUUACUUAUAAGGAGAAUAUGAAGAUACAAGCAUACAGCUACUCUUGAAGAAUAGCAUUGCUGGGUACUUGAUUGCACCUAUUUGCAGAUCUGGCUUCCAAUCUUUUAAUAACUGGAGACUGUACUUGUCCUAACAGCUUGUUGAUUUCAAAUAUUUAUUUCCCACUACCUAGGCUUAUAAAGACUGAAUUAAUGCAGUAAGUUUUUUCAGAGACCCAAAAUUCUCACAAAUGAAGCCCAGAGGCUAGUUUUACAUAAAGGUAGAAAGGCAAAUUAAUUCAAAAGUAUUUUAAUGGGUUUCUGUUUUUUCAUUUCAUCCAUUGUUAAUCUGUGGCAUUCUGCUUGAUGUUUUGGUCAGCAGUCUUCUUUCUAAUUAAAUUAAAAUAUUGAUUUAGUUACCUCACUUCAACCUCUUAACUAGCAAAGUCAAGAGAAAACUUGAAAAUUCAGUCUGGAGAGGUAGCCAAGCACAUCAGAGAAAGGACCACACCAAAAGAUUUUCUUUGCAUGUUGCAUUGUAACAGGCAGCCACUGGACUGUGUUCUGCAUGUUGCCCUAAGAAGGUGUCCAAACCAACAGAAUUUUGACUUAGAUGUUGAAGAAUGGGAGCAUUUCUAAAGGGGAGUGAUUAAUCCAAUGCGCUUGCAUGCUCGCCUCUUAAUUUUUUUUCCUGAAUAUUCCAUAAAACAAAACACACUGCAAAUAUUGUGGGAUGUGAUGAAAGCAAUACUGUUGCAUCUCCAGAUGUGCUGGUGGUGUAGUAGAACAAGUAAAUCUGAAGAGAGAUGAUUCACACUGAUAAGCAAAUUGAAGUUUCUGCUUCAACUUCAGGCUGGCAGGGACUGAGUACCAGCUUUGCUGGGACAGAUCCUCAAAUGAUUUCAGGUCCACUUAAAAUGUGAACAUCUACUCUACCUUUCUAAGUCAAAUCUGUUUUUUAAAUUAGCAUUUUUAAGAGCUGGCCGAAAGUCACUGAUACAGGUUAUGCCUGCCUUUUUGUGCUAUGAAAAUGAACUGCAGCACAUCCUGCAUGCUGCAUAUGCUGCAAUCCUUUCAGGAAUGCCCCUUUUUUAGGCAUUAUGCAUGAUGCUUAAAACAGUACUUGGAAUUUAUUAGAAGCCCAAAUAAGUGAAACAGUGUUGGCUUUGACAAAAAUUUUUGGCCAUGACCAUGGAUCUGGAUAAUACUUUGUUUAUGCUGGUUGAAGUCUGAGGUGUCUGCUUUGUGGCUGGGGAAAGCAGAAUAGUCGUUUCAGGCACCCUCCUGGUGUAGUGUCCCAAAAUGCUCUUGGGAGCACACUUCCCGUUUGCCUCUUCCCUUGUUUCUCUGCAAGGGCUCAGGGCUGAAGGAUAGAGCAAACAAAUGUGUAUGGAAAAGUGAUGUGAGCAGCUGAUUUCUUUUGUUGUUGUUUUUUACUUUGCAGAAGUUGGAGUGUAAGGCUGCUAUAACUGGAAAACAUUGCCAUGCUUUGGUCUAGUGAAUUAAUUGUUUUACAUCAAUGCAAGAAUUCCAGAAAAAAAUAAGGUUGUCUUUUUUUUUUUUAGUAAAGCUGGAGCCUUACAAAUAACUUCCUCUGUGUUCUAAUGCACAUAAAUUCUUCAUAUAGCUGGAAAUACUUGUGCCUUCAUUGGAACUGCAUGGAAAAGAAGAUUUAAUUAAUCAUGUCUUAUCAAUUCAGUAGAUGGUUGGAGGGUAAUGAGGAAACACCCAGUUACCAUUUUUGCUUGCUCCAUCAGCAAGAGGAGAAAGUUGUCAGCCUUUGUAAAGACUUUUAUUUUGUCAAGUCAGAUAUUCUAGGAGUAUUGAUGAAUAUUUUUUUAAAUGUCCCUGAAUUCCAGCAUGUUGUAAUUCUGGCUGGAAGAUGUUUGAACAUGUAUACUAUACUAAUUUACUGUCUUGAAAAUUUUCAGAGGAGUUACGAUUUAAAGUUGGCUGUGUACUGAAACUUUUGAAAUGUGUCCUGAUCACUAUCAGUAGGAGUUCCUCUACUGAGUAAUGGAAGAAUUAAGUAUUUUAUUAAAAGGAAACCAAACAAAAAACUUAAGUUUUAAGGGUAGCAAUACUAAUAUGUUCAAACAAGCUGGUGAUUGUUUGUCUCUAUGUGCAGAAACUGGAUCUUUUCAAAGAAAAUCAGGACUCCUUAUGUGUUCCUAAUUCUAAUUGUUGAUUAAUAGAAAUUGUAUAACAUGAAUAUUUUUGUAAGUCCACAGACAGUGAUUAAACAUGUAGGUAAUAAAGACAAAGCUGGUCUGUAUUUUGUUUUAAGCCUACUGCAUGGAAAUCUGUCUUGUAAAUACUGCAAUGAGUAAAGUUCAGGACUAGACAAUGA